AUGGAUUCGUUACCGAUGAACACUCUGCUUGAAUUUAAUAAAGAUACAAUUCAAAUUACACGUAAGAGUUACAAUUUGGAUACGCCAGGAAGUAUGGAUCAAGCUAUCGAUAUUUUACAAGAGUGGGUCGAAAAACAAAAUCAUUUUAAAAAGAAAGAUUAUCCUAGAGAAUAUUUGGAAAGAAGAAUAAUUUUUUGCAAGGGUUCAGUGGAGCGCGCAAAAUUAAAAAUAGACAGAAAUUGCACUCUUCGGACGUUGAUGCCGCAGUUCUACAAAUUUAUCGAUUUUAAGACUGAAUACAAGUAUUCGGACAUUAUAUGGGACGGGAUAUUACCCAAAAUGACUGAUGACUAUUACAGAAUUUAUGUAGUAAAAAAUAUUGGAAAACGUUUUAAUAAGGACAUUAUAACAAGUUACGUCCGAUGGACAGUUGCGAUGGCCGAAUACUUAACAGCGAACGAUUAUAACAGAGGAAUAAUAAUAAUUUUUGAGCUUUCGGAGACCGAUCUAGUAGAAUUAGUAAAGGUAUUCGAUUUCGCCGAAGUACGCCGAGCUUUGACAUUAUUAAUUGAUGGCUAUGCAAUGAGCAUAAAAGCUCUGCAUUUAGUUACUUCAUCAAAAACUGUGGAAACGAUAACUGAAUUUGUCAAACCAAUUCUCAGUGCAAAAUUAAGUCAACGUAUUCAAAUACACAAAGAUUUGAAAUCACUACACCAGGUUGUACAAAGAGAUGUGUUACCAGAAGAACUAGGCGGAAAUGAGAGAUCUAUUGUUAAAUUACACAGAGAGUGGGUAGAUGUUCUUAGUUCAAAGGAGUUUCAAGAGUAUUACAGCGAAAUGAAAACAGCUUCCACAAAUGAAAAGUACAGACUGAUGAAUAAACUUAAUGAAGAGUAUAUGGGAAUAGCAGGCACAUUUAAAACAUUAAAUAUAGAUUAG